AUGGCUUCUACUUCAAAUGGAGGGACAAGCGUCCUAUUUGUCUGCCUAGGAAACAUCUGUCGUUCCCCGAUGGCCGAAGGUGUUUUCCGUGACUUGACCUCAAACAACCCCUCCAUCGGUGAGAUCGACUCCGCCGGCACAGCCGCCUACCACAGCCUCGAACCGCCCGACUCCCGCACCAUGUCCACUCUGCGCCGCCACAAUAUUACCGAAUACGAUCAUGCCGCUCGCAAAGUGAAGCUGGAGGACUUCCUGAUCUUUGACUACGUUCUGGCCAUGGACAAGUCCAACCUCAGUGAACUCCUCUACUUACGCGAGUCCGUCAUCGCGAAUCUGCAGAGGAAGACCGAUAACAAGCCAAGCUCGAAGGCUACCCGAUCGCAUGUGGAUGCUUCAAUUGGUACAUACACUCCCGAUACCAAGGUUGCCGACGUCCGCUUGUUUGGUGAUUUCGGCAAGGACGGCAAGUUGAAUGCUCGUGUUGGUGGCGGUGAGGUGGUGAAGGACCCUUACUACGGCGGUGCCAAUGGGUUUGAAGAGGUAUACCAGCAAGCUGUGAGAUUCUCUAAGAACUUUGUGGACUACCUCAACCAAAACCCGUCUUCUGAGUAG